AGCUUAGGGAGAGUGCGCGUUCCUGAUCAGUAGCACACUUUCAUCGCGGCGAGGAAAGUGAGCGAACGAAAACGUCCGCGAGCCAGCCAAGAGGAGAGGCGAGCCGAAUAGACGGAGCGAAGAGACGAGGCGAGGACUCGGCGUUCCGCCGGCCUCGGUUUUGGCUCGGCUGUCGAACAUUGGAACGCGACUGCACGCCGAGGAACGGCGUCCGCGCUCGGCGUCGAUAAACAGAGAAGGAGAAAGCAAGCGAGGGAGGAGCGGAGGUUGGCGGCGGUGGCGGCAGCGGCGGCGGCGGCGGCGGCGGUUCGUCCCGCGAGGAGAAACGUCGCGGACGUCCUCGGCGGCUGGACCGAGGGUCGGCCUUAGACGCGUUAUCCCACAGCUCCUCGGGUCGGCCGGCUCCUGCCGCGCAGAGUCCUCUGGAAAGACCGGAUCGGAUCGCUCGAGAAAGUGAACGACGGGGCCCCGGUCCGAAGGAAGCAGCCGCGAGACAGGUCCUGGCUCCUCGCGACGUUCACUCGAUAUAUAACCUGAACCAGUGGAGGAGAAGGAUCCCGAAACAAGCAGGAAAUUUCGUUGCCGGCCACAUGGCCUGAUUAGGGUCGAACCGAUGAUUCCGGGGGUCGAUCCUCUACGAGAAGGGUGACUCACGGUGCUCGACACAUUGGCGUACUCUCCACGAUACUCACCGAUAGUCACCAAUACACACACGCGCGCCGAUACUCGCGACGCAGCAGCGGAUGAGAGCAAGUGGCGAGGAGGAUCUCGAAGCAGCACGCGAGCUCGUCCGACUUGGUGAACAGCAGCGAUGAGCAGGAGCAGCGAGAACGGUCUCUCCCUGGCCACGCCGCCGGCGAUCCACGUGGGCCCGAUCGUGAACCCGGGCACCAACGAAACGAUCUCGAUCGUGAUCCCGCUGUCGGCCCAGCUGGCGACCGUCAGCAGCCAGAAGAUCGAGAAACCGUGCAAGGACUGCACGAGGGACGUGAAGCCUUCGUCGCGUCCGAGGAAUGACAAGACGAAGGGCUGCCCUUAUCCGGGCUGCACGCGGUACGGCCGCGCCUUUUCCAGGGCCCACGACCUCAAACGGCACAUACUCCGCCACGAGAUGAGGAAAGAGAAGCUCUCCCAUUACGAGAACUCGGUGAACAAACCGCGGAUAGGCGAGUCCGAGAGCAUAGCGUACAGACAAGCGGCCUGGCCCGAUGACACGGGUCAUCGGGAGGGCAAAUCUUAUAGCUGUCCGCAAUGCAAGAAGAAGUACACCAGUGAGAUGAAGCUGAAGGCUCACAUGAGCUCCCACGAAAAGUUGUCGGAUAAAAACGUAUGCGCCCUGUGCGGGACGUGCUCGAAGGACGAGAUAGAGCUGCAGGAGCAUAUGAAGCGGCAUACGGCGCACCUGUUGGACGCCCAGUCGGUACUGUCCAAGGUGGAGUCGGAGAAGGAGCAGGGCGAGAAGGAGGACGACUUUCUGCUGGAGGAGAUGUUGCUCCUGCACAAAAACCCUCGACGUUCUCUUCAAUCGGACAAGCCGAACGGAUCCAAGAUCCGCUGCGACUACUGCUCGAAGACCUUCAAGACCAAAUGGACGCUGAGUUCGCACGUGGCGGCGCACGAAGGUCGUUUCCAGUUCGACUGCAGUCAAUGCGGGAAGAAGUUCGUUCGGAAGAGCCACUACGAGGGUCACGUGCGGUCGCACGAGGCUGCAAGGCCGUACGUCUGCGAACAGUGCGGGAAAACGUUUAAGGAGCUGAAGCACAGGCGAGAGCACACGAAGAGGAAGCACCCGUCGAAUCAGAACGCGAUACAGAGCCUGCUGGACAGCAUCAGCCCCUGCGCUUCCGAAGAGAUGCCCGUCGACCAGACCAAGUUCACGCUACUCAUGCCGGUCAACUUCUCCGUUUAAAGGCUUACGAAGCGCGACGAUCGCUCUUUCCCCGACGGGACAAGACUCCGAUUUUUAUGAUAAUCGAAUUAGGCACUCGAAUGGACCAAACAAACGUUUCUUACACCUAUUAACCGUUCCUUGGGGAAAGCACUCGGGGACGCUGCCAGCCGUACCCUAGCUGUUAGACUGUUAGACGGUCGUUCCGUUUUAUUUUUCGUAUAGUACAAUCUUUUCUUCCGCUUGCGUCGCACGACUCGAGAGGAUCGGCCGUGACGCUGUCGAGCACUGGAUAUCAUUUUGCACCGUAGCAAAGGGGUUCCCGUUGCUCCUGAACGUUUCACCGGGUUUCCACGUCGCGCUACGUUCUGGGGGGAAGAAACACCGUAUACCGAGAGUCAGUAACAAAGAUUACUAUUUGGUAAUGAACGCAUUAAGUUUACGUCGUGCGAUUACGUUCCACUUCCAUGCUCGCAGGGUCUGUAUGUAAUAUUUGUUUCGUCUGUAACAUCGUGCCUGAACGAGCAAACACACCCGAUACACGCGCACACAAACGCAUAUAUACAGAGGCAAACACACAGCAGACCAAAGGACAAUCUUGAUUCCAAUUACCCUCCUCCCCCGAUUUGUAAAUAUAAUUCCAAUAAAUCGACCGAAAGAUA